AUGGAUUAUGUGAGAAUGAUGCUCCUUGAAGACUCGGACUCCGAAGAUGAGUUGGAGCUACUUACCGCAAUUGUUUUGGCACAUAAAUAUUUCAAUAGAGAGGGAGGAUCCACUUCACGUCGUGGUUCUGUUCGAGGACGUACAUACAUUGAUCGUGAUUUUUUGCAAGGCCACCAAAGACUUUUUCUCGAUUAUUUUGCUGAUUCACCAGUAUAUCCUCCAAAAGUAUUUCGAAGGAGGUUUCGAAUGCAUCGUCAUCUUUUUCGUCGUAUUCAAUCUGCGGUAGAAGUUUAUGAUCCUUACUUUGUCCAGACAAGGAAUUGUGCUGGAACACUCGGUUUGUCUUCCCUUCAAAAAAUAACUACCGCAUUUAGAAUGCUCACUUAUGGAGUAGCAGCUGACUACAUGGACGAGUAUGUGAGGAUUGGAAAAACCACUGCAAUAGAAUCUCUAGAAAAAUUUGUUAAAGCAGUGGUUUCAAUUUAUUCCAACAAUUACUUAAGGUCUCCAAACAUUGAUGAUGUUGCUAAAUUGCUGGAAGUUGGUGAAAGACGGGGUUUUCCAGGAAUGCUGGGAAGUAUUGAUUGCAUGCAUUGGAAAUGGAAGAAUUGCCCAACUAGGUGGAAAGGUAUGUUUUCUCGUCAUUGCCAUGAACCAACAAUGAUUUUGGAAGUAGUGGCUUCACAAGAUCUAUGGAUAUGGCAUGCGUUUUUUGGGUUACCAGGUUCUCAGAAUGACAUCAAUGUUCUAGAACAAUCUUCUAUAUUUUCUGUGCUCACUGAAGGGUGUGCACCUCCAGCCAAUUACUCAGUCAAUGGUCAUAACUACACAUUAGGAUACUAUCUUGCUGAUGGUAUAUAUCCACAGAGGUCAGCCUUUGUAAAGACAAUUGCAUGUCCACAAGGAAAAAAGGCCAAACAAUUUGCUGCAUCCCAAGAGUCAACAAGAAAGGAUGUGGAACGCGCAUUUGAAGUACUUCAAGCACGAUUCGCAAUCAUUCGUGGACCUACACGUGGUUGGAACCGUGAAAUGCUCAAAUACAUUAUGAAAGCGUGCAUAAUACUGCAUAACAUGAUCAUUGAAGACGAGAGAAAUACUAAUGAUGCUAUUGACUUUGAAUAUGAACAAAUCGAAGAAACUCCCCAUAUACAGAUUUCUCGUGAGUAUACCCCUGAAUUUGUGGAGUUCAUUCAAAGGCAUUUGAGCACUAGAGACAAUCAAACUCAUUCUCAGCUCAAAUUUGACCUUAUUGAGCACUUGUGGCAAUUGCAUCUUAAGAAUUGUUAG